AUGCUUUGUGUUUGGUGGAACAGUAAAGGCCUGGUGUACUUUGAGGUUCUGGAUUCGGGUCAAACAGUUACGGCGAACCUCUACCAAGGCCAAUUGGACCGCGUGGACCAGGGGCUGCGACGUCAAGGUGUGGAUACGGUGUCGACAAAAUUCCUCCACGACAACGCUCGGCCGCAUGUCGCAAAAAUCACCCAGCAGAAAAUUGAAGAAAUGGGCUGGGAAGUCCUGCCUCAUCCGCCAUACAGCCCAGUCUUGCCUCAUCCGCCAUACAGCCCAGUCUUGCCUCAUCCGCCAUACCCCUUCCGACUAUCUGUUCUGAUCAAUGCACCACUCCUUGGCCGAGAAAAAGUUCAAGAACCGCGACGAGGUCCAAAUUUGGGUGUCCAACUUCUUCGAGUCGCAGCCGGUCGAGUUCUUCAAGAAGGGCAUCCAUUCUCUGCG